AUGCUCCUGUCUAGUGUGCAUCCAGGUCAAUUCAUUACCUUUAACCCGUGCGACUCUUCCGGCUAUCAUACGGCCGCACUGUCAGCAAGUACCAUUGACACAUUGAUCAAACAUAAACAUCAUACAGAUUGUUGGAAGUUACUGCUCAAGAGUGCCGAACUGUUGGAUGACAGAGAGCUCAUUGACACCUUGGUGAAACAUGGAUAUGGCACGACACCCUACGUACCCGAUCCUUGGAUACUUGGCUAUGAUUGUAACAUUCCUCGACUGGGUAUUGGAUAUGAACCGGAACGAGGUCAGAUGUUGUAUAUCUUACACAAUGAUAGGAAUUGGAACAGGAUCGAUAGAGUCCUGGCAUCACCAAAGCACAUGGCUGGAAGGGGUGCAGUCAGGGGCAUAUUCAUUGCAUCUGAUAUCCUUGCAUACUUCAACUUGGAUCUUGGGAAACCAAGUCGCAUCUCAUAUGAAGCGGAUGUCAGUCGUUUGGACAUUGGUUUGAUCGAGUUCAUUUGGAAUCGAUUGACCAAUUUCCACAAACGUAAUCAAAAAUACAUCAAGGAUGUGUUGUCAUCGAAUGCUGCCAUCAACAAUAUUACAAUGUAUCGAUAUAUACUUGAUUACUUGAUCAAAGACAUUGGCAAUCACAAUCUAUUCCAGCGUCCAUUCAUACAAGCACCAACAAUCCUACAGGUCAGAGAUAACAUCAAACACUAUCGAAGAUAUUCAUCCACUCGAUUGAUUGUCGAGUUGUUCAAUCCAAGCAACUUCACAGACACUCAAUCAUCAACAAGUCAAUACCAUCGCCUGCUCGUACCACUCCUGGAGGAAGAUUACAAAAGAUACCUAUCAUUGCUCAACAAACUUGGUGUCUUUGAUCCAUCAUCCAACAGUCAGUGUUUUAUAAUCAAUCAGCAACAGCAACAGCAACAGCAACAGGAGUCCAUCAUCACCUCAAUAACGAAUAAAUUCCUAAAAUGGUUUUCCUGA